GUGGGGAUGGUGGAGGUGGUCAUGAUGGGUUGGGAGAGGGUUUGGGAGUGCCGGGGGGGAAGAGGGGUGACUUUGAUGGGCGAGGAAUGAGGCGGUGUGCUGGAUGCGCCGGAUGAGGGAGGAGGUGGAGGGAACUGAACGAUGGUGGGGAUUGAAGGGUUGGUGGAUAUGGCGGUAGAGGUGGUAGGAGUGGAGGAGGUCGGCGGGGGGGUGUUGCUAGAGGCGGAUGUGGAGGAGGGAGUGGUUUGCGUUGUGGAGGUUGGAGUGGUUUGCACUGUAGAGGUUGGAGUGGUUUGCACUGUGGGGGUUGGAGUGGUUUGCGCGGUGGUGACGACCGUGAUGGAGGGGGUGGUCCCUUCGAGCGUGGUGACGCGGUCGCAUAAGGACGACACGUUGGCCUUUAUGUCGUCGAGAGAGGCGAUGACGGAGGUUUGGAAGGUGUUGAGUGCAUGGAGGAUGGCAGAGAGGUCGGGGGUGGCGGUGUUUGCUGGUGGUUGUUCGCCUGCGAGGUUGCGGGCGAUGCUAUCGACUGAGUCGGUGCGGAUGUCAGACAUGUUGAUGGAGGAUGCGGCCAUGUCAGGGGAAGACGGGGUGGAAGACGUGGCCUGAACGGGUGUGGAGGAUGCUGCAGCAGGGGUGGCGGCGGCAGCAGCGGCCGCGGCGGCGGCGGCACGUUGGGAGUUCUUGGUUUGGCGUGGUGGCAUGUGGUUGGUGGGGGGGGAAUCCCCUUUUUUUUUUUUUUAGUCAAUAAAUUCAAAAAUAAUGAUAAUCGGCAAGAUUUUUCACAAAAAUAAAAAUAAAUAAAUAAAAUAAAAUAAACGUUGAACAGAAAG